AUGCAAGGUCAGCGGGAGCUGGACGUCCACCUGCAUACCAGUAUUACUUGUGUCACUAUAAGGGCAUCUGACAUCGCUGUAGAUCCAUCCUACAAAAUGACCAAAAUACUAAUUGCUCUCCUGGGCGCACUGCUCAUCCUUCAGUGUGUGCAAGGGAUGUCACCACUAGGGAGAAGACGCUGCCACUGCCUUGGACGCCUUUCCAAUUCAGUUGAUGUCAAGCAGAUAAAGAAGCUUGAAAUGUUUCCAGAAAGUUCCAGAUGUGAGAAGAUGGAAGUUGUUGCUAAACUAAGGAAUGGAGAGGAAAAAUGUCUCAAUCCUAACUCCAAAGUGGUCAAAUCAAUAAUUGCGUGGGGGAAGACUCGGUCUGGUCAAGCAUCUGGAAAAUAA